AUGGAAACUACUCAAGUUUCAACUGAUACCAUUGAAAAUGUUUCAUCAAAUUCAAUUCCUAGUGUAAUUACAACAAGUGCAAUUACAACAAAUGUUGAUGAUACCAUUGUUGGGAAGAAAAGAAAGUUAUUUUCAAAUGUUUGGAAUGAUUUUCAAAAAGAAAAUAUAAAUGGAAAAGUUAAAGCAAUAUGCAACCAUUGUAAGAAGCAACUAAUAGGUGAUUCAAAAAAUGACACAAAACAUUUGUGGGCUCAUCUUCGGACUUGUCCAAAAUUGAAGAUGAAAGAUAUCAAUCAGAUGAAUCAAAAAUAUCUAAAGGCUGAAAAGGGUGAAGAUGGAAUAACAAAGAUUGUUAAUAUGACUUUUGACCAAGAUGUGUCACGAAAAAAAUUAGCAAGAAUGAUUAUUAGACAUGACUAUCCUCUUUCGAUAGUUGACCAUGAAGGCUUUAGAGAUUUUGUGAAUAGUAUACAACCGUUGUUCACUAUGAUUUCUAGAAAUACCCUCUGA